AUGCAGCCGCGCCGCAACUUCUCAGGAAGCAAGAUCCGAAUCUGGGAUGCCCUUGAUGAAACCAUUGGCCAGCGUUGGUGCCUCGAGAGCUCGGUUGCCCUUGCCAGGGAGGACAUGACGUUCGCCAUUCGCGGACAUGCCCAGUAUGGGGCCUCGGAGUUCCCAAAAUGGCGAUGCGAUCGGAAGGUCAAGGCGAAAAAGAGGAUUCCCACGCGGCGAAUCCUCUUUAAGGGCUUCCCGAUGUCGAAACAUGGGUGGGGUCCCUAUUCAUACCGGGCUUCAGCUCAACUUGCGGAGAAUGGCCCGGUGUUCAGGACUUUUUUUUGUCAGCAUGAUGGUCAACCUAACCGCACCCUCGCCCGCACGCCGCCCCUCGUCGAAAUCCUAGAUGGGGGCGAUGGAUUCCGUCCAAGGGCGUCGAUAUACUUGAGCCGCGAUGCACCAGCCCGUGCGUGUUCGUCAUGUCCGCGGCCGAGUGCAACAUUCGCUCGCAUCUGCUUGAAACCUGAAGACUCGCCAUUGGACGUUGGCUGCCGUGCCGGGCUUGGGUCGUCACGGUGCCCCGGUCCAUGGCCCGCAGCCCCCGGUCCCGUAUGCCGGCGUGGGCUUGACAGGCUCGAGACAGGCAAUGAAUGGCAGCGCGAGUUGGAUGACUUUCCGGGGCCGGGAUCCCUAACGCCGGUCCUGGAAAAGCAAGGGCCGGUCAUAAGUCAAGAUACAAUGUCGCAGCGCAUACAAGUACCUACGGUACCUGGCGGAUGGACCAUCAAGCCGGUUGAAGUCCCCAACAUGCGACGUUGA